ACUUAAAUUAAACAGAUGGAGUCAUUUACAAACCUCAUCAUACAAUUUGCCGAAUUAAUUUCUCUCCUAUUUAUUAUUCUGCUGUCAUCAGUGAGCUUCUAUAUUCUUUAUUUACGUCGAAUAAAAUAUGGCCAUUUACCAGGUCCGCCCGCAAGCUCAUUUUUUAAAGGGAACUUUCCUGACAUUAAAGCCAAGUUGGACAAUGGUUGUUCAUCCUUCGAGUUCAUGCUCGACUGUCACCUGAUCUAUGGCGAUGUGGUGUUGAUAUGGCUAUUUCUUCUGCCUUGGAUAAAUGUCGCCAGUAGCUCCGACAUAAAAUACGUCCUUGUCACCGAAAAAUUCCCCAAAGACCCAAGAUUUUACAAGGAAUGCCUGGAGACCCUCUUCGGUCAGAGGGCAAUGGGUACAAGUUUGUUGACAAAUCUCGACGAUUCCCAAUGGCGCCAUCGAAGGUCCCUUAUGAACCCCGCAUUCCACCGUUUGUACCUACGCAAUCUUAUGUGUAACUUUAAUCAGAGUUCGGAUACAUUUUUGACCAAAUUGCACGGCCAGGCUGAAAGAGACCUGGAAACCAGGAUGGUUGACGAGUUCUCAUUGGUUACUCUGGAUGUAAUUUGCAAGGCGGGGUUUGGAAUCGACCUCGACGUCAUCAACGACCCGCACAGCCCGUUUAUUCAGGCAUACAACCUGAUCAUGAAGGGUGUCGAAGAGGCAUUCGUGAACCCAUUUCAUAAAUGGGAUUUCAGAUCCUACCCGAGGCAAAGGCAAGUCAUAGGAGCACUCCAGUUUCUUCGCUAUACCGGGCGCGAAACUAUCCGAGCACGACACGAAGCUAUCCGACGAGGUGAAGACAAUCCAAAGGAUAUUUUAGGCCACAUUAUGUCAGACGGUCGGGAUCGGACACUUUCCGGAGAAGACCUGAUUGACGAUUUCGUCACAUUCUUUUCAUCCGGGCACGAGACUACGUCAUCAACUCUCUCUUUUUGUUUAUUGGAACUGGCGAGCAAUCAGCAAGCCUUGAAUCGAGCGGUAAAAGAGAUCAACGAGGUCCUGAGCACUAGAAAUGACGUCACCUACGACGACCUACCAAAAUUCAAAUACCUGGACUGUUGUCUGAAGGAAACUUUACGUUUGUACCCUCCAGCCCCGGGGAUCAUCCGUAUAACACCCAAUAAUGUUACCCUAGCCGGGUACCAAAUUCCCAAAGGAACUACCACCAGUGCCAGUCCUUUUGUUAUGGGACGCCAUCCAGCGCUCUGCGACAACCCCGGAGAUUUUAUCCCUGAACGUUGGGAAUCGAGCGACGACAGUCGAAUCUCCGGGUUUGCAUACUUUCCAUUUUCGCUGGGGCCCAGGAAUUGCAUUGGACAGCAGUUCGCAAUGAUGGAAAGCAAAGUAAUACUUGCAAAAUUCUUGCAAACGUUCACGUUCCAGCUUCUUCCUGGGCAAACAAAACGAAUCCAUGAACGAGGAAGCCUGCAACCAAUGGACGGCGUGAUUUGUAAACUGUCAGCAAGAGAAAGCUGAACAAACAAUUGAUAAA